AUUUGUCUGAACGCAGACAGCGACUAUCUCUUCCUGUUCGUGAGCUGCUAGAGGACAUUGGUGUCACAGAGGAGAGGGAUUUGUUGGGUGCUACUCCAAAACUCGGCGAAGAAAAGACAAAACAAUCGCGAAAUGUUUUCACGUGCCGUAAGACCUACGAUCAGCCUCACCAGGAGCUUGUCCACCUCGUCGCAGAAGCACACCAAAGUGGCGGUGCUGGGAGCGUCUGGCGGAAUAGGCCAACCGCUGUCUUUGCUCCUCAAGAACAGCCCCUUGGUGAGUCAACUCUCACUCUAUGACAUCGCUCACACGCCUGGGGUGGCUGCAGACCUUAGCCACAUCGAAACAAGAGCGCAGGUCAGCGGCUACAUGGGUCCCGACCAGCUCGAUGCUGCACUGCAGGGCUGCGAAGUCGUCGUCAUCCCCGCUGGUGUGCCCAGAAAGCCCGGCAUGACUCGUGACGACCUCUUCAACACCAACGCUACCAUCGUAGCCACGUUGGCCGAUGCCUGUGCUCGCAACUGUCCUGAAGCAAUGAUCUGCAUUAUUGCUAACCCUGUCAACUCCACCGUACCUAUAACGGCAGAGGUCAUGAAGAAGCAUGGAUUAUACAACCCUAACAGAGUGUUUGGUGUCACCACCUUGGACAUUGUCAGAGCCAAUACCUUUGUGGCUGAGCUGAAAGGUCUUGAUCCAGCCCGUGUCAGUGUGCCUGUUAUUGGGGGUCACGCAGGGAAGACCAUCAUUCCCCUAAUUUCCCAGUGCACCCCCAAAGUGGACUUCCCUGCUGACCAGUUGUCGGCAUUGACCCUCAGGAUCCAGGAUGCCGGCACAGAAGUGGUGAAGGCCAAGGCCGGAGCUGGUUCUGCUACCCUCUCCAUGGCAUAUGCUGGUGCGCGCUUCACCUUUUCUGUCUUGGAUGCCAUGAAUGGAAAGGAGGCUGUGGUAGAAUGUGCCUUUGUCAGAUCUGAGGAGACAGAAUGCAAGUACUUCUCCACGCCUCUCCUCCUUGGCAAGAAUGGCAUUGAGAAAAACCUCGGGCUCGGCAAGCUGUCCCCCUUCGAGGAGAAGCUGGUCGCUGACGCCAUUGAUGAGCUGAAGGGCUCCAUCAAGAAGGGCGAAGAUUUUGUGGCCAAGAUGAAGUAAACAGGGACAUUAAAGUAGCUGCAGCUUGCCACUGUCAUUGGUAUUUCCUGUCUUAAAUUAAAAGGCUCUUUGACAAAACUCCA